GUCAUUAUUUUAUGACUACAGUAUUUGUUGGACGUUUUCGCGAUAGACUGAGCACUCUGAGUAGGAAGGAUGCAUUGGCCCUUUGGAUCAGACCCUGAGAAGAAGCGAGAAGAACUCCGGACCAAACGAGCAAAUCGGAUAAGUGAGAAUGAAACGACGCUGAGAGAUAUAAAGAAACGAUACAAAAAAGCAGAAGAUACACUGAAUACGUUUCAAGAGAAAUGGAAUAACGUGGACCAGUCAAUCGACGAACUGGAGCGCGAGAAAAAUGAUUAUGACUACCAGAUUGAACAAUGCGGGGAAGCCGACCAUGGUGAUCAGAUGGAGGUUGAGCAGACACCCACCACCAAAGAACGCUUGUACCUCGAAGAUCUCACUACCUUGCGGAAACAUGAAGCUGCAAAAGAUAAUAUGACCAUUCAGUUAAAACAUGCGAAGGACAUUAACGAAGAGGCAGAAAGGAAGUACCAUUUUGCCCUUGAAUCGACAACUGAAAGUGUAAUUGAAGCUAGGAGGGAAAAGACCGCAGCGUUUUCGGCCUUAUUUGACCUUCAGGCAAAUAUACAAAUGGUGGAGUAUAACACAAAAACUGUCAAAGAUCGAAUAGAAGAGUAUGAAAUCGAAAAUCGUGUUCAGGGCCAGAAGCCGACCGCUUCCAGGAAGCUGCUGAUACAACUAAAGGAAGAAAAUGAACAGAAGAUUACGACUGCUCGUUCGGACAGAACGAAGUUGUAUAAGGACCUCGAGGAUGCCAAGAAGGAGGAAAAUGCCAUAAGGAAGGAGAAGGAAGACUUUGAAAGUAUUGUGAAACAAAUGGAACAGAUGGACAAUGAUCAACAUGCCAGUGUGACGGUUUGCGUCCAAGAGGGACUUCUUGAUUCCCAGUUUAAUACUCUGAAAGACAACUACAUCAUCAAAGGGACCAUUCCACGCAAUAAGCUUCAUGACCUCACGACCUUUAGUAAACUCUGGAUCGUUUUAGAAAGCAAAGGAUAUAUUUCGGUCGGAGAUUAUCAACAACUGCGCAAGGACCUUCAGAAGAUGAGCCUUAAAACACUCGCUUCCGCAGUCGAAAAACUAGAAGACGAGCUUCUAAAGGAAUAUGAAACAGGAAGAGUGGCUCUUACACAGCUUCACGAUGCAAAGUACGACACUCACACCAAGUUACUGAACAAGCGUUUCGAGACUGUCUAUCCGAAUGCGAAGCAGUACGAUACGCCUGGGGAACCCUGCAGAUUUUACAGAGCUUGCCUCACUGUCAUUUGCGACUUUCAGAAUAACCUUGAUGACAAAUCUGAGAGUUCCAAGGGUGUUCACAAAUUCCUCAAGGAGAAACUUGACCGUAGAGAGAUCAGUGUAGCAGCAGAAAAACACGUCAGCGAAUACUACAGCAUGAAAAAUAAAGUUGCUAAUGCUGAACUACAGCUGGGUAAUGCAAAGGCGGGCACACAUGAUAAGGAAAAAGAAAUGAAAACACUUAAAACCACGCACGAGAAAGAAAUCAAGAAACUGAAAGAUGAUUUGAAAAACAUGGGUGAUUCCUGGAGGAAGGAUAAUGACAAAUUUGAAAAGAUUCAUAAAAAGAUGCAGAAGAAACUCAAUGACCACGAGAAGGAUUCAAGUGGCCUGCAGCAGGAACUGACUGCGGCGAACAAUAGGAUGGAAUGUUUGCUUGCCGAGAAGAGGAACUCGGACGAGAAGUUUCAGGAGUUUCAGAAGCUUCAGGCGAAGAUCAUGGAGGACCUCGGUCGGGAAGAGGAAGCGAGGAUCGAAGAGGUAGAGAGUUUCAAGGACAAGAUACGUAAUGAUGAGAUCAGCGCGGUCAGGCAGAAGAUGAAGGCCAUGGAAGAAAAACACAAGAAAGAACUGGACGAAGAACGACAGAAGGUGGACAAAGAUAUGAAAGCUAUGGAGGAGAUAUUUGAAGAUUACGAGAAAGCGCUGAUCGAGUCUCGAACAUCUGCGAUGGCGACCGAGACGAAGUUGCGAGGAGAGUUGAACGGGAAGCUCCUGGCGCUCGAGAAAGAUUAUGGCGAAGAUAUGGUUGAAUGGGAUGAGGAACGGAUGGAACUCAAGAAGCAGCUCCUCGAGGCGAACAUCAUGCAGGCGAUUGCUAGUCAAAGGAUGAGUGACAUGGAGACGAAGAUACGACGCCUUGAGUUUAAGCUAGAGCAGGCCAAUGAAAGGAUAGAAAUUCUUCUGAAUGGAAUCGAAGAGCAAUCAGAUUAACGUUCUGCAGAAGUUCCUCUGGCACUGUGUGGCAAUAGUGGGCCUAGCUUGGUUACUGGCCAGAUUUGAGUACUCUGCGGGUUUCACCGAUCUAAAAUCGUUUCUUAAUAAUUAGUUUGUCCGUGACUGGGCAUUCAGCUAUGUUUGGCCAUCACGGACAUGUCCGUGCCUGGGCUUCAAAGUGUUAAAGACAAAAGCCCCACAAGACACAUUAUUGUCGUUAGGUGCCUUUCUUCAUGUCUUGUUUUUUAAGACCAAGGUCACGACGUACAUUGUAAUGUUUCAGCUUGACCUUUCUGUCAAUUUUCGAGUAAUUAAUGAAGUGGUGGUUAAUUUCAAAACAUUUCUGAACUGAGAAAGAAAGGUUUUGUUUUGUGGCAUUGUGUCGAACUUCGACUAAAUGCCAAUUACUAUAAAUGGGAUAUUGGUGAACUAUCGUACUUGUGGACCUCUUCAAUGGUUAGAACAACGCACGUUUACGUAACCUUUUAGUUGAGAUGAGUUCCGGGGUCGGUGUCUUUCGCGGCGCCGUUGGAAUCUUACACAUUUCACAACGACGAAAGAAAAUGACCAUUUUCCGAUAAUUUCCCAACAAGCAUUGAAAAUACCAUUAGUGUGUAUAAUUUGGCGACUAACAUUACGGUAUGUCUUAGUGUUCAAGACAUCAUUGUUUCGUAUUUUAUGCAUACUCGAGAUUUAAAUACUAUUAGGCCUAUGCGUUUUUCCAGGCCUACCCGAUAUAACGCGUUUUGCAGUCUUUUCAGUGUAGAGACUUUUGAACAGAAAAAAACAACCUUUAAACAAGUCAAUCAAUAUGGGCAGAGACCUGUAUUCAUCCACGACCGGAGUCACAUAGAGCUUAUCAAAAUGUCAAGUUGUGGUAAAUACAUGGCUGGGAUGGACCAAAGUGGAAUUAAUUCUCAAUCUGUGGUUGAUUCUUAAUCUAAAGAGUCAGGCCAUCACAGAAAUAUGCUUUUUGAUAAUAUAUUUAAGAAAAUGUGGUCUCACUGGUCAGUUUAGAACUUGUACUUUGACAGGGCCAUAUCAAUGCGCUAGUGACGUUUUGAUGGAUGAUAUGGUGUACGGAAAUCUUUUUUUCUCAGGCAAUCGGUAUUGGAAUUUUUUUAAACUUUAUUAUGCUAUUGGCAAAGGGUUCUUCUUGACACAUAUAAAAUUUUGUGCAGAUUGAUUGGUCCAAUGAGUACUUUUUUUACCAAAACCUAUGCACAACAAUGUACACGUAAUGUACACAUGUUUUAAUAGAGGACUCUUGCCUAGUAAUCAAUAAUCAAAUAACAGCUUUCUUUGUGCAUUCAUACUAAUCGAUCAGUACAAUUUUUCGAUUAUUUACUGCUACACUUCCAGUAGCAGUUCAUUUAAAUGGUUGCUUAGUUACUUUCAGAAAGGCAGUCAGUGAAUAAAAUCAACAAUACUGCUUUAGAGAUUCGGCUAUACCUUCACAAAUUAUAUCUUCGAGGGUCCCGCAUAAUUUUGGACGGUCCCUCAUCUAGUUGACAAGUGAUAUAUAUAAUAUUACCAAGGGUCCGCUCUUCACUUUGAUGGGUAAAAACACACGUUUCGGGAUUACGAAAGAUCUCCUUCUCGGUGGGUAUGUUCACUGUGCCUUGUGAUACAGAAACCCUCUUUUUUACAGAAUGUCUAAUGCACAUGACAUGAUACAUGAUAUUGCUGCUAGCUGCAAUGGCGAAUAUAGAAGCCAAUGUGGUCAGCAGUGGCGCCAGCAUUGCAAUCUCGUCUUCUUGGCUGGUAAUUGUUGGUUCAGUUGCGGCUGUCACCGGCAGGAUUUUGAAUGCAACAACCCAACAACAACAACAACCAAGUUUUCUCAGUUGAACGUGAAUGCGGUCUACCUUUCACGCUACACCAGAGUCUUUCAAAUAAAUGUAUUUGAAAGACUCCGGCUUCACUUGAUGUGAUUGGAACGACAGGAAGGUCGGUGUAAGUGCACGGCCCUGGUUUACAUCGACUUGUAUUCCCAGGGGUCAAGGCGCUACCCGACUUCCGGAGCGGCCAUUGUAAAUUGCUAAUCCAGUAGUCCCCUGAUGAAGAGGUUCGGUUUACAUACAUGAUUCAAGUUGUACACUCGUCGUUCACGAGUCACUUUUUACUAGUCACAAGCAUUUUUGUUAACUGAUUUAGCCUUGAAAAAAAUAAGACGACACGACUUGAUGGAAAAAGUGACACCGUGAAUCACAUGUAGCCCGCACUUUUGAAAGGGCUUGUUCGCUCUCCAUUGUAAUGAAUGGCGAGUGAAAAUUGACGUCGGUGUUACACAUGACAGCGUGAACUCUAUAGUUGGAGUUCCACUACUGCUUUAAAACCCGUGUUUAUUAGAUACGGUGUCUGUCCGUGUAUAAAUAGACCCGGACAUAUUUUGUUCCGCGUUUCAAUUACAGGACAACAAGGUUAGUUGAUACGGCGACAGAUGGCAGCACGUGAGUCGCUCUCCAAUGUUUGAUUUUCAUGGAGGUAAGGAAUCACUGUCAUUGAUCAGCUCGAAUUCCACCGUGCAAUCGACAGUACAGCUGCCUACCACCGUACAAAAAAACAACAAUUAUAUCCGGCCCUUUUCUUGUUCCAUUACAGGAACACCGGGUCUAUUAACACCGAGCUUCAGACACGGUGCUGAUACGGCGAUGCUCUCCGUAUCUAAUAGACCCGGUGUUAUUCAUGUCCGUGUUUAUUAGACACGGUGUUCCUGUAAUGCAACAAAAAUAGAGCCGGACAGACACCGAACAUUUCUGUAGUGGAGCUCCAACUUAUGUAAACCUAGCCUUGAGAGUUGGGGAGUAUAGCCCCUGGCAUUGUUUUCUAUCAUAGUCUCGGGAAUGUGAAUGCAAACCAAUGGUGGGGUUACAUUGUAUCUUUAUCCCCUCUUUAACUUACACCGUACGUUGAUAUACAGUGUCCAUUGUAAAUAGUUUUGCUACAUGCACAGUGGAACCUUCCUGAGCGGACACGACUGUUAACAAUACACCCUCUCGAUCAAGGACACUGAUUUUGGUCCCAAGUGAGUCGUUUCCAUUCAAUUUGACCUCAGAACACCUCUUAAAUAAGGACAGCCUUUUUCGGUCCCGAAGGGUGUCUUUCUAUAGACGUUCUACUGUAUCUGAAAAUAGAAUUAGCUGCUCAAAGAAUGUUCAUCAUUUUGUCAAUGUGGCGAGCGACAGACAAUUUAAUCGUAGUUACUGUUAUCUUAUCAUAUACUGAAAUCAUUGAAACAACCCUGUGACAAUGUAUGAGGUUUGCUACCUGGAAUGCGAAGGGCAAUACAGAAUUAGAUUACCAAUCGUGAUGUUCGAUAAAAAACUAUUUUGUCGAGGUUAGCCUUGAUUUUAGCCUAGUAGCUUUACUCCUAAAUCGGCGAUGGUUUGUCUCACUUAGUCGGGUGAGCUGCCAAAUUUCGAAGCUGAUGUGAUACCGCUUUUGUGAAAGCCACAUGUUGUCAUAUGCGUCAGAUGAAGUCGAAUAUGUAUGUUUCUACUGUAGUAUAUCACAAUGCAGGUAGCCGACUUGCGAUGUACUCCUCGAUUCUGUGUAUAAGAAAUGACGAUAUUCGGACGUCACGCAUAGAUUUAUCAGCUCUAUAUCUUGCACUUUGAAUGAGACCUGUGCAUGACUUUACGCCAAAGUUUUAGGUUUAGAGGUUUUACAGUCUUUGUGGUGUGUGUUUGUGCAAUUGUUGAAACGAGUGUAUACCAUUGAUCUAGGUACCACAAUAUUGGCUCGAACUUGAAAUCCUAAAGCAAUUCUAACUUCCUUAAACGAAGUGAAUGCCCAUUUAAAACCUGGGAGGGUGUUCUAUGGAAAACAAGGAACAGACUUCUCACCUUGAAACUGGCCCUCACUUCCAUUUAGAAGAGUUUUAAUUGCUUUAGGAUUUCAAGUCCUGGCCAAAAUGGUGAAAAUGCAUUCCUCGGCCGGUUGUGUCCCGCCUAACCAUAUCAAGUUCUCUAAUGCAUGUAUGUUGUCCUCUUAGACAUUAUGCGUUGGGUGACUCGAGAUAUUGAAUAUUCUGCUAUAGAAAAAGAUGAAUAAAC